ACCACCUCCACCCCCCUCCCCGUCCUCUCCUCCAAAGCCGACUAUCACGCCGCUAUCUCCCAUCCCGGCGUUACCAUCCUCCAAGCCACAGCCCCCUGGUGCGCACAAUGCGCCGCCAUCGCGCCCGCAGUCCAGUCGAUGAUCUCCGAUUUCCCAGACGUGCGCUUCUACACCUUCGACGUCGAGCAGGCGCCGGAUCUCGCUCACGAACUAGGCGUCACUUUCUUGCCGACUUUUAGCGUAUUUAAGGAUGGAUUUAUUGUGGAGGGGGUGAGGGGCGCGAAGGCGGAGAAGCUUAGGAAGGUAAUU